AUGGGCCCCUGUACCACCUCCUCAUGCUGCUGCCAGGUCCAGAGUGUGUCAUGGGCCCCCGUACCGCCUCCUCAUGCUGCUGCCAGGCCCGUAAUCUGCCAUGGGCCCCCGUACCGCCUCCUCAUGCUGCUGCCAGGUCCAGAGUGUCUCAUGGGUCCCUGUACGGCCUCCCAUUGCUGCUGCCAGGCCCGUAAUCUGCCAUGGGCCCCCGUACCGCCUCCUCAUGCUGCUGCCAGGCCCGUAAUCUGCCAUGGGCCCCCGUACCGCCUCCUCAUGCUGCUGCCAGGUCCAGAGUGUCUCAUGGGUCCCUGUACGGCCUCCCAUUGCUGCUGUCUCCAUCGCCACACUGUGCCAUGUGCCACUUUCAGGUCUCCUCACACUGCUGGUGGGUUCCAUCUUGUCAUAGGGUGCUGUAUGGCCUCCCAUUGCUGCUGCCUCCACCGCCACACUGUGGCUCCACACUCUGGUUUUGGCCCCGUGACUGCCCAAAUGAGUGAAGUGUGCGGUGAUUCUAAGAUCGACGGCACUCAUCUGCAUGUCAUACUGACUGACAGUAUUAUUUCUCUUCCCCAGCAGACUAGAUAUCUGAUAUAUAUCUUAGACUGAUAUCUAACACUAUU